UUGUAUCAUCUUACUCGAUGGUCACUAUAUCAUUCAUAAACUUGCACUCACUGAUCGAAGGGUCAUAUAUUUUCAUUGUUAAAAGAAUUUAAUUGUAGUUAAAAGCAAACUGACUCUGAUGCUUUAACCUGAAGUGAAGAGCAAACUUCGUCUCUAGUAUUCUAGGUUCGUGCACUAACUUCGUGUUUUUUAAAAAUACAACUGCUCCUUUCAACAGUAAAAUGGCGUGGUUGAGCUAUUUUAAACUCGCCAGCGAACAAUAGAUGACAGUAUAAGCAUUCGAAGGAAAUAAGUCAUCGUCUUUCUCUCGUAGUAUUUUGUUAGUCAUGAUGACAACCGGCAGCCCUCAUUUCGGAGACAUCAAUGAUUACGAAAAGGCAUUUUUCUCACUUACAAUCAGCAAGCCACCAAAAUAAAUAUUAGCAUUUACGAUCAUCUGGCCUUCGCUCAUCUGUAUAAAAAGAAUGUCAGCAGCAAGGUUGUUUAAAUCUUUGAGACUGGCAUUGAACCUGUGGCACACUAAGGGACUCACUCAAACAAGUUGACAAAGAAAACCGAUCUCUCGACGAUAAAAACUGUUUACUGGGUGUGACAUUUUGCACCUCAAGAGGCUGUUCCCACGAUUCAAGAACACGGACUCUUUUAAUUUCGCGAUGUUCGUUUGCAUUAGCAGGUGAGCAGAUAACGACAGCCACCAACAUCAACAGCCAUGGUCAUCACCUGGACAGUCGCAGCAUUUAUUCUUUGUGGAUGUGGUCUUACAACUGCUUUGACGAUGCUUGAUUCAAUGUCAGAUUAUGUUAACCAUCCUUGUGUACGUCAGUGUGAAGAAGGAAUACCUAACCGCCGGUGUGAGUACCACUGGACUCUAGAGAUGUACUAUGUACUGUCCAAGGCCUGCUAUGAUUGUCCUUUUAACCUCACCGACUGCUCACGACCUCACUGCGUUCCUGCUGAUGGAACAUCACGUGGUAUUCUGACAGCCAAUCGACGUAUACCUGGGCCGGGCAUUCAGGUGUGUCAUGGUGACGAGAUCAUCGUCAACGUGUACAACAAACUAGAGAACUCCCAGGGUACGAGUAUCCACUGGCACGGCCUGCUGCAGCGGGGCUCUCAGUACAUGGACGGCACCAGCAUGGUCACACAGUGCCCCAUCACAACUCACUCCACCUUUCAGUACAGGUUUACGGCUAAAGAUCGUGGAACGCACUUCUGGCAUUCACAUGCAGGCCUGCAGCGGGCUGAUGGACUGUUUGGCAGCCUCAUCGUGAGACAGCCUCCCUCACACGACAUCCACUCACCACUCUAUGACUUUGACCUCCCAGAGCACGUGAUCAUUGUCACCGACUGGCUGAACGAACUGGUGACCAGUCGCUUCGCCUCUCAUCACCACGACGACGGUGACAACAAAGCCGAAUCCAUGCUGAUCAAUGGUAAAGGUGCAUUCACACCUCACACAGACCCCACGACAGGAGCUCGGGUGUUCACUCCCUAUGCAGACUUCACGGUCAGACCGACUUUCAGGUACCGCUUCAGGGUAAUAAGUUCAGGCAUCAUGAACUGUCCAAUUCAGUUUUCAAUCGACAACCACACGCUAAUAGUCAUUGCCUCUGACGGGGGUGACUUCGACCCAAUCAUUGUUGAUUCCUUCAACAUCUUUUCCGGAGAAAGGUUUGACUUCAUUCUCAUCGCGGACAAGACGGAGGAGCUGAAGAACUACUGGGUGCGAGCUCGGGGUAUCGCAGACUGCAGCGUGAAGAAAAGCCAGCAGCUCGCAGUUCUGCGAUACACGGGUGCACCACCGGGGUUGCCAGAACUAGCAACUAACUACGAAGCCGGCAACCGAGAGGGCAUUACGCUUAACCCAUUAAACGCCAGGGCUACCGACACCCUGGUGUCAGUGAACCUCCUCAACAGCACGGAGCCGGACGACGACAGCCUGAAGCAGGUGCCGGACAAACGCUUUUACCUGGCAAUGGACUUUAACCAGGUGGACAAUUUUCACUUCCAUCAUCCCGGAUUAUACCCACUCAAGUCCGUGAUACAAGGAAAGCAUCUGUACUCUCCGCAGAUAAACCACAUUUCGUUCUCGUCGACUGCCGUGCCGCCUCUCACACAGAUGAAGGACAUCGAUGAGGAUGCUACAUUCUGUAACAACGAGACAGUGCAGGAACAGUGUGACAAGCAGUUCUGUGAGUGCAGUCAUCGCCUGAAGGUGGCGCUGAACGACGUGGUGGAGCUGAUUAUCAUCGAUGAGGGUUUGCUGUUUAACGCCAACCAUCCCAUGCACCUACACGGGUAUAAGUUCCGGGUAGUUGGAAUGGACAGGUUGAACACCACCAUCUCACUAGAAGAAGUACGGGCGCUGGAUCGUGCAGGUCGACUACCCAGAAAAUUAUCGCGUGCACCGCUGAAGGAUACAGUGACCGUACCUGACGGGGGCUACACCAUCAUUAGGUUCAAAGCUGACAACCCUGGGAUCUGGCUAUUUCAUUGCCACAUUGCAUUUCAUGGUGAGAUCGGCAUGGCUCUCCUAAUUCAAGCAGGAAAUACCUCUGAGCUACCUCAAGUUCCGAAAAACUUCCCAACCUGCAACAACUGGAAGUUUUCGAGCUUUGAAAGUUCUCCACAAACGAGCCUGGAGGAAGUUAACAAGGUCUGCACAAGCUUUAACCCCAGCACCAACAGUGCGAGUAUAAAUGUAUAUGGAUAUAUUUGGUGUUUAUUUAUAAUAUGCAUCCCACUCUCUAGAGAUAUUCUUUUUGCUGUGUUCUCACAGAGUUAGGUAAGAACCCAGAAGAUAGGAAAAGAUUUGAUUAACGACUUUCGUAAAAGUUGCAAGAUGGUCGUGACAGGCUUCCUCAUGCAGCUGCCACUUCUUUCUUUAUUAUCUGUAAAUACUUUUAAAAACAAUUUUAAUCAAUGCACCCCGAAACCUUUGUGUUCUUUUUUUUUUUUGUUUUUUUUACCUGAAAUGAGUGCAUGAUAAUCCAUUUUCCGCUUACAUUUGCCUAGCAGCACUCUUUGUUGUCCCUGUCCUAUGUUGCCUUUAGCAGGCAGUAGAUCACAGUGUACAUGGUGUACAUACUUCUAACUGCAUGUUCUUAGAUGUACUCGGGGGUAGGGGGUGGGGUAGCUCAGUUCUCUCCAGCUUUGUCAUUCAGCAAUUGACCUGAGGAGAAGGAAAGGUUUAUCUGGGCCUUGUACAUUUUAUUGUUUUCUGGAAGUUUUACUUUGAAUUUUCAGUUUAAACAAGAGCUAAACAGAGUAUAUUCUAUUAAUUAUUAUCAGGACUGAACAGUGGUAUCAGACCAAUAAAAAAUAUUAGAAACAAUAGAGCAGUAAAGUUUACACUAUA